AUGGCGGUCUCCCUGACUCCCCGCUUCCGGCGGUUAACAAGCAGCAGCUCAGUGAGGGGGAGGCGGCACCCAGGAUAUUCAGAACCUUUUCAUGCAACACAGCUGUGGAAUAAUAUUAUUCAUGCCCUCCAUACUCAGGUGGACCUGAGGCAGCAGAGACUGCAUUGGAGAAUGCACGGUGACUGUUUCACUGGGGCUGAUGCUGUUGAUGUGGUGCUGAGUUACCUCAUGCAAAACGUUUACUUCAGCAACAACGACAUUUCGAGGCUGAAGGCAGCCCGUCUCUGCCAGGCUUUGAUGGAUCAUAGAGUGUUCUAUCCUGUUGGUACAAGACUCUUCAGCAAAGAGCGGGAAAAUCUGUUUGAGGAUCGCAGCAGCAGUCUCUAUAAAUUUGUGGACAGCUACACAUUACCAGGUGCUGGGAAAGACCAAGAAAUUGAGAAUCUGUUAUGUUAUAAGAGACUGGUGUCAAAGAGGAAAUUUCCUAAACCAGUCAAACUUGCUUUUUCGAAUCCUGUUGCUUUGGAAGCUUGUGAUAAAAGAAUUGAAGAGCUUUUUCAUACUAUCAACCUCCGUCCAUCAUUACGGCCAAACCUAAAAGUAAAAAGCCGAACCAGCUAUCUGACCAAAAAAGUUGUAGAGGAUGUUUGGAAGCAAACAACUUUACUGCAGCUGCUACAUUUAAUUCACCUUCCCAUCUUGGACAACAUCCUGGAAUCUCCAAUGAAAGCAAAACGAAGACGACUAGUUCAGUUCAAUCAGAAAAUUGAUCUUGUUAUCUCCAACACGUUCCUGGAUCGAGAGGUUUCUCAGAGCCUAAAUCUGCCCUAUACUGAUAAGUGGUUCUCAGUUGCAGUCGAUUGCCUGGAAUAUUUCCCAGAUGAGGUGAUUGUGCACACGAGUGAACUGUUAUCUCAGAUCGCGAAUGACAGGGAGGCUGCAGAAAAAUACAAACGAGUGCUGUUUGAAACAAUAGUGAAGCACUAUAUUCAGAACAAGGAGCCACUUCUCUGUGAUCGAUAUCGUGACAUAUAUGCUGGGAUCAUUGAACUUCUUGAAAGUGGUAAGCCUGGACAAGCUUUGGAAGCGGCCCAACUUUGUAUUCGGUUGUUGGAGCCGAACUGGAGAGAGGAGUUGCACAGGUUGCUGUCGUUCAUGGCUGUUGCUGGAACCCCGGAUGCCUGCAUACUGCAGAAACAGAACACCAACAGAACUGUAAUAAGGAAAACAUUUACCAAAGCUAUCGUACAAAGCAAAUCUCUAACAAAAACACAGGCUGAAGAACUGGUCAUAUUCCUAAUGGAUAAUCAUACAGAGCUCUUCAAGAUCCCUAGUUCUCUGCUUCGGAUGGUCAGGAAGAAGCUUCUUUUCCUUCAAGGAGGAGGGGAUCCCAAUACUUCCUCAGGUUUUACAUUCUGCCAGCACGUAACACAGAAAGAAUUUGAAGAGCAGAAAGACAAGACCACCAUGGACCAACUUAAGCAGUUAGUCCAAGAGAUCAGUCAAAACUCCAACACAUCUGCAAAAGAGAGAAACAGGCUGCUUGAGGAAUUCCAGAAACAACACCCAUCAGUGUUUGUUCAACGCUACUCAAAUAUCAUUUAGGAGGAGAAUAUCAUUGAGAUUAUUGCUGUUUCUUUUGUAAAGAUAGCAUUUUGAAUGAAUGUAAGAAUUUGGCACCUGUGUGACAGUGAUUUUUCUAACCACCUGGCUCAGAGAUGUUAUUCUGCACCUCUGGAGCAAGUGGACCUUGAACCCAGGCUUCCUCUUCCAGGGGUAGGGACACUACCAGUGCACCACAAGAGGGCAAAAGUAUUCUUAUUUGACAAAAAUCUUGGUUUAUGAUUUUCUCCAUUUGAUUAUAAUUUACAUUGAUUUGCACUAAACGUAACAACUAAAACGAUCAGUUUGUCUUUGUUGGAAUGUUUCAUUUUAUGCUACUGAUUAUGUUGUGUUCGAGGAUUUUUAGUGGGAACAAUUGUUCACCUUUUGUAUACAGGAAUUGACACAUCAGGCUGCUCUUCUGAGUUUGCACUACCAUUUGGGAGGCUCAUCUGACUGCAUUGAUUUCUGGCUGGGCAGUCAACUGGUGGGCUUCUGUGCCAGCAGUGUGAACAUAUUACUGUCUCCUGUCAAAUGAAUCUUUGGCCAUCACAGGGGUAUGAAAAAUGUUGGAAUCCAAAGUAGAGAGGCAGGAGUGUUCUUUCAGCCUCCUGCCUGUCUACCAGGGAUUUGAAAGCAAGAGAUAUUUUCUAUGAACUAUGAGGCAAGUUAUUACGAGGAUCUAGUGGACUUGGGUUGAAGCUGGCCACCUGGGUUGUAUGAUGUUCCUUGCUCUGGAUUUUUGACAUUUCCUCUUCAUUUAAGCUCUGUAUUUAUGAAAUUCUCAAACAAAUAGGAUGAGGAUAUGAUUGCAAAAUCUGAUGGAAUGCAGAGUCAAAAUGUGCUCAACUAAGUGGCAUCAAGUGCUUUCUAGAUAGCUGCAUUUAAUAAAAAUAAAUAAUUAACACUAAUCUUACUCUGGAUAUAGGUUUGCUAGAAGGUUUGUUUUCAGAUGUUUUGUUAUUAGUGAGCCUCUGGGUGAGACGCUAGUGGCAUGGCCUACUUUCUGUGUAUGUGUUGAGGUUUCCUUGGGUUGGUGAUGUCAUUUCCUGUUAUUUUUCUCAGGGGUGAUAAAUG